CGUGUGGUCCCGUGCUGUUGCUGCGGCGCAGCGACUUCGCAGGCCCCGUCGGCUGCGAUGACAGCGCAGAGGACUUGAAAUCCACUCGAUCUGAGUCAUUUUGUCAAGGAUGCUGCUGAAGAUAGCGGGGGCGGAGAUGUAACAGACAGCAUUUUCUGACUAGUGCUCGACAACGUCCUCGUCAAGCUCACCUCAAUUAGCAUGCAUCCGGUAGACAUGCGCCACGACUGUCUGGUCUGGUUCCCACAUGGUUCCGGGCUAACACGCUUGAGCUGCAGGUGUUUCGGACGACCAAAGGCGCCUUCUGGAGACUUUGGGGAGCCCGUGGCGUCGCAAUAGAUGGGAGAGAAUGCGUGGUGAGAACAGCGGAGUCGCUUUUGCGGAUCACGAAAACGAAAAGGAUGACGCGUUCAAUAAAAAAAAUGGGACAUGAUAAGAUGAUGGAAAUUGGCUAAAAGUGGAACUGCAGCUGGAUCAGAGGGCUACAGAAGACCUCCUACCAUGCAGGCCCCUUCUGUCAGGAGGUGCGAGGGGCCAAGGAACAGAGGAGCAGAAGAAAAGAGAAAGAAAACAUCUUGGAAAACAACCCCCUCCUCCAACACACACUUAACACUCAAGAAAGAACACUUUUUUCUACCCACCCAUUCAGAGGCUAUUUUUUACCCCCUUCGAGAGUAUAAGAAAGAAAAACAGUUUUCCUUCUCAUUUGAAAGAAGACACAGAUAGGGAACUCAAGAAGAUGGCUCAGAGUUUGCAAAAUGAGGUGCUUUCCAAGGUCAGAUUGGAGGGGGUCAUUGGAGAGACACUGUCACGUGACCCCUGGUGCCAAAUGGUCUUCCGGCAGUGGUUUUCAACAACGGCCGGAGCUAAAGAAGACAUUGCUGCAUUUCUCAGACAUGCAGAAGACAACAUACUACGACAACUCAACUCUUUUUGGUGGCUAUGUGUCCUAUCAGGCGCAGGGGGAAACAACUGCACCUGCCAACGGCUUCGGGGGCUAUGAAGUCCCGGGGUCUCAUCAUCUACCAGCCUUCCAGUCAGGAACCCAUCUGGAUGUUGACUCUUACCACCGAUCCUCCUGCUCUUUGCAGUCAUUAGGUGGUAGCAGCGGGCACCACCAGCAGCAACAGCUAGUUAAAAACAAGGAGCCGAAUGGCAGCUGCAUGAGGCCCACCCUGCCACCUGAGCACCACACUGGCUCUAAAGUGUCCCCGCCAUUGGCCCCCAAUCCAAGCGAUGGUAGUACCGGAGCUCAGCAGCCAGGGAGCAGUGCUAGCACCUCAUCAGUCCCCAAAUCAGGCCCCAAUCGGUCAUCAAAUUCCUGCUCCUCCACAUCAUCCUCCACUUCCUCCUCCUCCUCCUCCUCGCUACCCCCCAACCCAGCAUUGGCCAAGCAGAUCUUUCCCUGGAUGAAAGAGUCCCGCCAGGCAAACAAGCAGAAAAACUGUUCACCCAGCAACAACUCGGGUAACGCAUCAGGUGGAGGUGAGAGUGGUAGUGGCGGAGAGAAGAGUCCUACUGGCGGGUCAUCAGCAUCAUCUAAGCGAGCGCGUACAGCGUACACCAGUGGCCAACUUGUUGAACUGGAGAAGGAGUUUCAUUUCAAUCGAUACCUAUGCCGUCCACGGCGUGUGGAAAUGGCCAAUCUGCUCAACCUGUCUGAGCGGCAGAUUAAGAUCUGGUUUCAGAACCGACGCAUGAAGUAUAAAAAGGACCAGAAGUCCAAGGGAUUGAGUUCUAGCUCAGGAGGGCCUUCACCAACUAGCUCACCGCCUCUGCCCAUGCAAUCCUCUGCCAGUUAUCUCAACUCAAUGCACCCAAUGGUUGGGGGAGGUGGGUCAGCCUAUGAUGCCCCAUCUCCUCCAUCCUUUGGUAAACCUCACCAAGGAGUGUCUUACUCCAUGUCCACUGCCUACUCCAAUCUCCCAAUGAAGGGCUGCCCUCCACAACAGAAGUAUAGUCACCAGGAUCAAGACUACGGUGACCCACAUCCUCACCAUGGCCUAGUACAGGCCAACAGUACCAGCUUUGGAACACCCACUAACAUGCAGGAUAGUCCAGUCUAUGUGGGGAGUGGCAGCUAUGUGGAACCCAUGUCUGGCUCUGGACCCUCCAUGUAUGGCCUAAAUCACCUUGGGCCCACACCAUCCCAUCACCAAACCAUGGAAUACAAUGGUGCAGGGCCUCUGUCAGCCACGAACCAGCAUCAUGUGAGUGGAGGGGUACCCACAGGUUCCUGCGACCCACCCACUCAUGCAACGUACACAGAGCUCUCGGCGCACCAUACCUCGACUCAGGGCAGAAUCCAAGAGGCACCCAAGCUCACUCACCUGUAGCAUUGGUAAGAAAACGAAGGAAGACCACACAGAAUAAGUAAUGUGACUCAUUAACAGGCUGAACUAACACUUGGGGACUCACCUACACGAAAAGGGAUGUCGUUAGAGAUCGAAAAGAGACAGAGAAGAGCAAGUCAGUGGUUUAUGUUUUGCAGCCAAUUAUGGGCUCAAUCAAUGUAUAGCCCUAUAUUCUACCCAUUGCUGUCAGCAAUAUGUCAAUGUAUUUUACUCUUGGAAAAGCACUUACUGUAAUUUGUUUUUAUCCAUUAAUCAUGAAUGGAAAACUCACGCUGUACCUCUACAGUCUUUAAAUUUAUACAGAAAGUUAGGAGCAGGCAGUCCCGUGAAAUAGUGGGUAGCAUGUCUGCCUCACAGUAGGAGAUCUGAGUUAAUCCAUUGGCACAUCUUUGUGUGGAGUUUGUAUGUUCUCGCCGUGCUUGCUUGAGUUUUCUCUGGGUGCUCUGGCUUCCUCUCAUUUUCCAAAAACGUGCUUCUUAGUUUAAUUGAAUACUCUAAAUCAAAGGUGUCAAACUCAAGGCCCAGCCAAAUCCAGCCUGCCACAUCAUCAUAUGUGUCCCGUGAAAGCCAAUCAUUUGCAUCAACUUCCCUGAUUCUUGCUAAAAUCUGUACCAAAAUUUCAAAUUGUCAUAUGUCAUAAAUAAUGUUGAAAUAUUGCAAAAAUGUUUUGUUACCAAAACCCUUUUUACAGUUACUUGAUGGAGGUGGGAGGGUUUAACAGUAACCCUGUUUAAUGUGAAAUGGAAUGCAAUGCCCUACCUCGGCAAUAUCUUUUGUAUUUCACGAAUACCGACGGUGAAUAUCAAAUAUUGUGGAAUCAUUGGGAAAAUGUCGAUGCGCCCUAAACUGGAAGUUGCGUAAUAAAAUGAGAUAACUAGAGGUAAAGAAAUUCAUUUUCCUUAUCAUUAACUGUAAACAUUUAUUCUACUUGUAUAAAAAUGGAUAUACAUAUAAUACGUUGAUAUAACUGUAAUUUCUUUUUUCAUUUUCAUUAUUUCACAUUUGUUCUUUUGCCCCUCACGCCCUGUAUUAACCAGUGCCACUGAAUAUUAUGAUGAGGUCAUGAAAUAUUUAUAUGGUUUCACAGUCAGAACAGCCCUCUGAGGGAAACCGUACCAACAAUUUGGCCCAUGGCAAAAAUGAGUUUGACACCCCUGCUCUGAUUGGUUUAUACGUGUGCAUUUUUUGUGUCAAUUGUUGUUUUGACUAUAUGUGCUUGCAAUUGACAAGCGACCAGCCUAGGGUGCUACCCCACCUCUCGCCCAAAGUCAGCUGGGAUCAGCUCCAGUUACCCACAACCCCAAUGAGGACAUGAUAUAGAAAUGAAUAGAUGAUAGUUGGGAGAAAAUUGGCAUAGUAUUGUACUGCAAUCUUGACUACAGUCAGUACUUAAUGACGAAAGGACAAAAGACCCCUUUGUUUUUAAUUUGUCCCAUACAAAGCCUAUGUCUAAAGCCUAAGCCUAGACACCCCACAAGACCCAUAUAGAAACAGGUCUUCCAGAUGAAAUAGUGUAGAGUGUUUAAUGGGAAUUUAGUGAGUUGGCUAGAAUAAUGACAGGAAGGUUUCUUCCCCUGUAGGCAACACGUUGUCAUCUGAGCAGAGUGUGUAGAGCUCUUGUAGAGAGGAAAGAAUAGCUGGCACUCUUCACUCUCGCCUGUCCAGUAAGUGCAUAAAAACAUUGAUUCAUGAUCCUCUAACUGUCUCUUUUCACCUCCUGCCGUAAAAGUCUGUGUGGAUCCAGAUGGAAUCACUAACCCAUUGUGUUCUAUAUGUCACAACAGCACAUGCCCUCUGACGGGGCAACAAUUUUCUAUGAUUCUCUUGAUGCAUCUGUACACAAACCCAACACCUACAAUCACUUCUUCUCCCACUCCAACUGUUUGGAAAGCUCCAAGGCGUUGAUCCCCGAGAAUGACAUGCAUACAAUGUCUUGCUAAGUACUUCAGCAUACCACCCUCUGUGCACACAGCAAUGCUAAGCUAGUUUCCUGUUGUUGAUAAAUGUGCAGUCAGGUAACACCAACUGCUGACAUUGUUAAAACGUUUACUACCUUAUUUUCGCACAUCGUUGAUACAGGGUAUAGAAUUGAGAAUGCUAUCUAUUUAUGGUUAUGCCCAUUGUCUCCCUCUCCUUCACUAAUGGAAGGGUUUACAUAAAUAGGAGGCCAUCAAUUCUUUUAUAUAUACUUUUGUGGUUUUUUUCCCUUUGCAAAUCUUGACUUUUAAAAUGGAUACAGGGUAUAUAUUUGAACAAAAAUGUUUGGACCAGAAAUGUGUGCACAUUUUUUAAAAAAGGGUUUAUUCGUUUGAACCAUCCGUUAGAGUAGUUUGGGACAAUACACAAAACAUAAAGAACCCUUUCUUUUUUAAAAAAACAAUUAACUUAGUGUUAAAAGCAUUUCGUGUGUCUGGCCUACUCUACACUCCUUGAUGUUAUGGAAAUAUACUCAUGUUUUUUAAAAGUGCAAUUUACACAAAUGCUUUUGCAUCUGGGCAUCAUUAUUGCACUUACAGUUUACAUUUUGAAGUUUAAGGUAAAAAAAAAAAUAAUGUUUAGAUAAAAUGUUAUUUUGAAGGAAGGCCCUUCAAUCAGAGUUUUUCGCAAAUGUGCGUUCAAGUGAACAUUCAUUAAAAAAAUAUUUAUUUGUUGUAGCCAGUUUUAAAAGAUUCUCUCUCUGCGUUAUCAUUAUUUAUCCGUCAUGUAUUUAUAUUGAGAAAAAAUACCGUACUUUUCUCGCAUUUACCUGUUAUGAAAGAAAAAAAAAGCAUUGUGUUUCUUCUUUGUCAAUUGUACUGAAGUUACAUUUUUAGUUCUUGUAGUUUGAUAGAAAAGAAGUACUUUUUAAUUUCUACAGUAACCCUUGUACAUAAAUGUCUUGACAUGUACAAGGAAAAUGGCAAGGAUGGGGAUUGGUAACCCAUCCAUGCAUACUGUAGAAUUUUGACAAUGUAUAGGCUGGGGGGGAAAAGAACAAGACUUUUUGGAGAACAAUGACUUCUUUAUUUGCCUUUUAGCAACUUUUUAUUUAAUUGUUUAUAGAGUUGUCUGUCCAGCAAUUCCUUAAUAAAAUGUUACUUUAUGCAGAGUUUCAUUUACUUUUUCAACAUCCUCUCAGGCAGAAAACUUGAAUUCAGGCUUUUAAAGCAAAUAUUCCCAAAUUCACUAAAUUAUCUAAAAAUGGAGUGACUCUCUAGGGUCAGGUCAGUUAAUACUUUAUUAAUCUGGUGGGAAAUGCUGUUUUCUAGCAUCAGCUGAUCAGAGACAGUAGAUAAAAACAAGUAGGUGUUAAUCAUAAAAAAGAGCAAAAGGUAUAUUAAUGCA